GGGCGUUACAUGGGAGAGGGGGAAGGAAAAACGCUGGGAUUGGCAUGUAAAACGAGCUGUUCAUUCAUAGUGACAGAAAAUAGUCCCUCGACCUCGUGGCUGUGGAACGCAAAUCCGAUAUUUGGACUUGCUUUCCCCCUUUUCAAAGAUAUUUUUCCUUAUUUAUCAGAUCUCACGGGAGAGAUCCGUCUCCCGGCCUUGACACCGGCUUCCUCUACCAAAUCUGGGAGCACUCCGCCGGAGUCCAGACAUAUGUAUACACUCGCACACACACGCACGCAUACACCUGCUUCCCAAACACAGACGUUCGUAACACAUCGCGUAGCAGCGCUCUUUCCUGCUUCUACCGCUACACACUGUUGCAAUAACACUUCGAAAGGUCACCGCGGGAUGCUGAUCGACCUCCAAUUUCUUCGGAUCUUGAAGACAUCGUUUUGGUCGAGCUGUCGCCGUCAUAAAGUGCAAAAAGUUAACCACCGUUAAUAGUACAACCAAAAGAAUAGUAAGAGUAAAACAAAGCAAAAGCAAAAGCAAAUACACACGCAACAAACAGCACAGUGUGAUGUCAUUGCUCUUUCCCAAUCAAUGUCGACAUUAUGAUAUCGUUAUUGUGCUGUUCUGCGCCCAUCUGAUUGUACAGUUCAUUUUAAAUCGUACAUUCUUUCAAAGGUGUUGGCUGACUGGCCAUGGCGAUGGCGUCCCAAAGGCCAACAAAUCACGGCCGCCGUCGCCGCAACGUAUGACUUAAGUGUACAUUGCGUUGUAACUAAGACGGAUGCUUUGGGUUUGCGCUCUGUUGUUGUCGCCAUUCCAGUCUCUGUAUUUUUGUUUUGUUUUCGGGUCUUACCUCAGAGCUUUGUCGCUGACGUGCCAAGCCUCUUCCAAAAGAGAACAGGAUGUUGGAGACGGCACAAAAUUGGACUUGGACACCAGACACCUGCACAAAUAUUGUUUUUCUCAUUGGAGUCUUUGGAAUAUUGGAAAUGAAGUGAAUAUGUAUUGCAGGAGGCAAACAUGCAUAAUUGACUCCCGCCUUCUUGAUGAACUUAAUUCCAAAGCAUUGGGACACCUGCGCAGCAGAAGGACAUUUUCAUGAGCGGCAAAUUCAAACGUUUCCUCGUAAUGUGAAAUCCCCAAGCAGCUAGACUUCCUUUAAUUAACAGACCCCCCCCCCCCCCCCUUUUAGGGAAUUUGCAGUGUUUGUUUCUUGGUUGGCGUUUUCAAGUCCAUUUAGCGGCAAUAGUGUUCAACGUUAAUGGAUCCUUAAAUUGCGGGAAUGCCGAGUCAAGCAAUUGACAUCCAUCCAUCCAAUUGCUAUAGUACUUGUUCUGAUUAAGGUUGUGGGUUGUACAUCCUGGACUGGUUGCCAGUCAAUGGCAGGGCAAAUAAUAGAAAAAUUCACACACACAUUCACAUUCACACACACACACACACACACAUAUAUGGACAAUUAAGAGUGUUAAAAGAACCUAAAAUGCAUGUUUUCGUCAUGAGGGAGCAAGCUAGAGAAUCCGCGGAAAAGAGUGCAUACAUGAGGAAGAACUGGAAUUGUGUCCGCAUUCACGCCAACCAGGAAUUUUCUAGUAUGUAUUUUGAGAAUGGGUUAGGGUUAGCCUGUUGACUUCACAGUCAGGGGCGUAGUUUAGGGGUGACCCCCCCCCCCCCCCCCCCCCCCCCCCACAGAGCCAUGAAACACAUUUCUUUUUAACAUGUCGUAACACAUUCUAAUGCAUCAUAAACAGUCGUGCGCAGAUGAUCAAAAACACAGACAGAUCGACGGUGGAAAAAUGUCGAGCAAAGCAGUUUGCAAGAGGCACAAAAACGCUGCGUGGAUUUUUCCAAGCAAGCAAUGUCAAUUGUGUGUAACCGUUACACGAUAACGUAGCCGAUUUAUGAAUUAAGAGAUAGCAUAAAUGUAGGGGAUGAUGUGGUCAUUACUGUCAAAAGACCGCCUAAAGGCCAGGAAGGACAUAAUACUGGACUCCGAUGUCCAGCAUGGGAAUAAUUAUCAUUAUUACUCUUAUUAUCACCCGUAGACUUAAUAAUCGGAGGGUGUCCCCGAGACAUAGGGUGAGAAGCUCGGUCAUCCGGGAGGUCCUCCCAUUGAGGGGGGCCCGAUGAGGUGACCCGGGCAUAUGGUGAGGAUGCCUCCCCCGGUGAGGUGUUCUGGGACUACCCAGGAUGCGCUGGAGAGACUAUCUCCUGGUUGGCCCGGUAAAGCCUUGGGAUCUCCCCAAAAGAGCUGGACGAAGUGGCUGGGGAGAAGGAAGUCUUGGCUGCCCCGCUUAAGCUGCUGCCCCCAGUGACCAGACCCCAGAUGCAGUAAGCAGAAGUAAAUGAAUGGAUGGCUAAUUUGCAGCUCUACAUUUUUCUCAAAUUAGCGCUUAAGUAUUUCGACAAGCAUCUCCCCGUAACUCUUAUUACCGCCGAACGGUGACGGAAGAGAUGGAAUCGGUUCUCCUACUGACACACAGGUAUGACAUGUGCCGCUGGCAGGAGACGAGCCGCAGACUGGAAAAGUGAGCUGUUGAUAGCACAGCGGCGCAAGAAGCCGUAGCCCCGAUAGCCAUCGGCUCGCAGAGGAGCAAUUACGGCACGUGAUCCACCUGCUGUCAAAAGAGUCGCAGACAUGUGACAGUAGACGCGUUGCCCUCAUCUCUCUCGUCCUCUUUGCUUAUCAACUGGCAUGGAAUGCGGCACAGUGAUGACAGAGCAAAGGACUGUACUGGGCUGACACUUCAUUCGGGACCCCAGCCAAAUCGAAUCGCAUCCAUUCGAAGGGCUAAUGAGCACAUUCUGGCCUCUUGAAGUCUUAUUUUUGGGAGGGGCAAAAUAUUAGAGGCAGCAGCUUCCUGUUUUAUGCAGCGCUAUGCUUUCUUGCCCACAUAAUGGGCUCCGUAAACUGCAUGAAGUUGCUCUUCUUAUCGCCCGAGCCAAGCAAACUGUGAGCCGAAUGACCUUUUCCAGACAUUACCUGUUCGAGCUUAAUCUGAUUCGAGCCCCCGCACGCUCCAACGCCAAGUUCUUUUUAGUCCUACUCCAAACAAACCAUCCUAACACAUAUAAAACAUCACCGUCUGUCAACUGCAGGAAUGCUCCGACAGAAGAGAUGGCCCGCACCUGCUGGUUUAGCAGUAAACGUCAACAUUUUUCACACAGCAGCUGCAGCGCUGACAUUCAUAUUUAGGCAAUUAUUGCCGAUUGUUACUUUUAAAGUGCUCUGCCCAUAGAGCACUUAAGCCAGCUGUCCGUCACUUAAAGGCCUCGUAUUGGACAUGCAGGUUCAAGCUGAUUUCUGUUUGCUUGCGGGGCUCGACAGUCUACAAACGGGCCGACCUCACUCCCUCGUAUCCUCGCCGUGGACCAAUGCUCCUCCUGCCCGGACCCCGGUUCUUUGCGUCACUGACGUCUGGGCUUGCGUGUGCCGGUUUAAAAGCGUCCACGCUCUUGCUUUGUGCGCGUGUGUAUUUUCUCUGAUUGUGUUGCAUCGAUGCCGUUCCCGCUCGGUCCUUUGAUGAUGCCGGGUCAGGAGAAAAUCUCUCUCCAAAGACGCACACAAAGAUAAUGACGAGUCCCAGGGGACCUUUAGGGCCUUCUGAGAUAAUAGCACCAAUUUCCUGACUACAAAGAGCAGAAACACUCCCGAUUGCAGCCAAGCGUAGCAAGCUUACAGUGUUUUGCUCAGUGCUAAGUUUGGCAUGCGGGUUCCUAUUUUUCUACUAGUGCCAGAAAUGUCUGAUAAAUUGACUUGACAAUCACAAACAUACAGUAAGUCAUGAAUCAAGGACCAAACACGGGUCAACAUAGAAACUAAAUAUCAGUUAUCAAUCGGUAGUCAUACAAUUCUGAGUUUGACCAAAAUUUUCAGGAGACAAAUGUAGGUUCAAGUUGAAAUUUAAGUCGCAAUAUAAAAGUGGUAAAAACAAAAAAAAAGCUGAUAUUAUGCGAGUCCGGCUCAAUGAGCAUCGAUUAAAACGGGGUUUCAUUAACAUAGCACUGCCAUCCAUAAUGGGUGGUGGGUUGAUUGUCAGAAUAAAUUAGUUUUGAUGAUUGUGUUUGUAUUAUUUAUCUCCAUAAAAUGUUGUUGCCUCACACUUCUGAGGACCGGGCUUUUCUCCGGGCACUCCGGUUUCCUCCCACAUCCCCCAAAACAUGCAUGCUGGGUUGAUUGAAGACUCUUUAAAUUGCCCUUAGGUAUUCUUUCCAUCGAUCCAGCACACUGCUGGUACCAGUCAAGACAUUUCCGUCACACCCUAAUCUGCUGCACAUCCCUCCCAUCGCUAUCCCUCUGUCUGGCCAACCCAUAUCGAUCUUUUUCUCCUUCUUUAGUGUCCAACCUGGCAUACAUGUCAUCACAUGCCCCUUGUUUGGCCUUUGCCACCUCUACCUUUGCCCUCCGUCGCAUCUCAACGCAUUCCUUUCGCCUCUCCUCGGUCCUCUCUUAGCUAACCUUUUUCCUUGUAUGGUUUCCUGUACUGUGAGGUUCCCCCACCAGGUCUGCUCCUCUCCUUUCCUGCCAGAAGGUACACCAAGUACUCUCCUGCCUGUUUCUCUGAUCACCUUGGCUGCAGCGGUCCAGUCUUCUGGAAGCUCCUCCCGUCCACCAAGAGCCUGUCUCACCUCUUCCCGAAAAAACCGCGCAGCACUCUUCCCUUCUCAGCUUCCACCACAUGGUUGGCUGCCAUGCUUUUGUCUUCUUAAUGUGGAGCACGACCGGGAGCUCUCCCCGCAACGGCAUCACCACAAAGAGUACAAGUUCAACCUGUCGCAGAUCCCCGAGGGCGAGGCGGUCGCCGCCGCCGAGUUCCGCCUCUACAAGGAGUGCGUGAGCCGAGCCUUCUGCAACGACACCUUCCUGCUCAAAGUCUACCAAGUGGUCAAAGAGCACCCAGACAGAGAGGCCGACCUGUUCCUGCUGGAGUCUCGCAGGCUGUGGGCAUUGGAAGAGGGCUGGCUGGAGUUUGACGUCACGGCCACGAGCAACCUGUGGGUGAUGAGCCCGGCGCACAACCUGGGCCUGCAGGUUAGCGUGGAGACCAGCAGCGGGCAGAGCAUCGGUCCUAAAGACGCCGGGCUGGUCGGGCGCGAUGGUGCUCUGGAGAGGCAGCCUUUCACGGUGGCCUUCUUCAAGGUCAGCGACGUGCACAUCCGCAACUCCCGCUCCGCCGGCGGCAAACGUCGACAGCAGAACCGCAACCGAUCCACACAAACGCAGGAAGCAUCCAGAGGGCCGAGCCAAGCAGACUACAACGGCAGCGAUCAAAAGUCAGCCUGCAGAAGACACGAGCUCUACGUCAGCUUCCGAGAGCUGGGCUGGCAGGACUGGAUCAUUGCUCCUGAAGGCUACGCCGCCAACUAUUGUGAAGGAGAGUGCUCCUUCCCCCUCAACGCGCACAUGAAUGCCACCAACCACGCCAUCGUACAGACUCUGGUGCACCUGAUGAAUCCCGAGAAUGUCCCGAAGCCCUGCUGCGCCCCCACCAAGCUCCACGCCAUCUCCGUGCUCUACUUUGACGACAACUCCAACGUCAUUUUGAAGAAAUACAAGAACAUGGUGGUGCGAGCCUGCGGCUGCCAUUGACGCUCCCCGCCGGAGAGCGGGCGGGGGGCACUGGCCGUCGAUGCGGUUCCUCAGACCUGCACGGGAUGUUCAGCGUUGCGUGUGGUUUACGGUAAUCCCAGGGAUGUCUCCAGCAUUAGUUGGAAAAUCGGACAUGGGUUUAAAGGGACAAUGCGUGUCAUCUCGUGGGAAACUUCCGGCAAAGAUGCUCCAAGUGAUUCUGACUGCACCUUCUCCAUCAAUGAGUGGGCAAAACUGAACUGUGGUUAGACCAGUCAGAGUGCUGCUUUCAUGCCCCUCCCAUUCCUGUUUAAUCACCUUCUAAUGGCAGGUCUUGGCAACAGAUUAUGGAGGCGGACAGACCACGCCCAUUUCGUCUUAUUACACAUUAGAGUGGAAUUUAUUAUCCUCAUUCUGGAUUAAUGGCCAGCGUGCUCCCAGUGACUGUAAAAUUCUUAUCAGUUCUUACGAUUUCAAGUCCCACCAGGAGAUAAUCCCAAUCACAGGAAUAGGAAAAAGUCUGGGCAUUUUUUUUGGUGGCCUAAAUUACCCAGCAGCGAGCCGUUGUCAUUAAAGUCCCUGUAAAGUGAAAAUCAAUGUCUUGUAAAUUUGACACACCGCAAUAGAAGAGUGAUGUUAACAACCCCGCCAAGCGUGAACGAUUAAAGCAAUCGCGGAGUGUACAGAAUGAGACCUCAUAAUCAUGGAGAAAAUUCUGUGCGCUCACAUGCUUUGGGCGUGGGGUUUCUACAAUCAAAGACGUACAUGAGCUGUUCACACACUACAGUACCAAUACAGUGUGUGUGUGUAUACAUAUAUAUAUAUAUAAUUUAAGUUCAGUUAAGUAACGUAGGUGCCGAGUCACUGAAAUGCAUCCGCGCAGUCAGUGAACAGGAUGCGCGCUGAUCAUUGCAAUCCAUCCACUCAUCCAUUUUCCGAACCGCUUAUCAUCAGUGGGGUCGCUAGCCCCUCCCUGUUCCUCCACCUUCGAUGUGACUAUUCGCCUCUCCCGUGCCGAUCGUGCCGCGGAUUUGUGGUUCAAUAAAAUAUAUUACAGUAUUUUUGUAUGUGGAGCCACAAAACUCAAUACAGGGUCACAUUUGUACCAUUGCAGCGCUUCGUGCGCAGUAAAGGACUCUUUGGCCGUGGUCCACUUCAGUUGCAUUAGUAACUUGUCAUUACGCAAGGUAACCACUCAUGCAAUGAAGGUGUUACACUUUCUAUGCACCCCAAAAAAUAUUUCACGCCGUAUCAUCACAAUUGAGCACGACGUAGUUCUGUCUUUGCACGUUUUCAUCCAUUACGUUCAAACAUGCAUACUGUAUUUAGAAGGAAGUCUCUUGAAUUCUCUUUAGUAAGGUCACAUGGCGGAAAACAGCCAACUUUUGUGUGUUAAAACUACGGCAAAAGCAAUGAUCAUUUGCAGGCAAAUCCUGUUUUUUGUUCACCAUUUAUUUGCUUCUCAAAUUAUAUUUACACUCCCAAUAUAUAAAAGACUGAACCAAAGUGUCCACAGGCUAUUUUAGCAGCACCUUCCUCCAAAUAAACCCCAGUGUCAAUAUUUGUGCGUUCAACAUGAUGCAUGUUGCGGCUCGGGAUGUUUUGGUCCAAACAAGUCAAGAAUAAGGCCUUUUCCGCCCAACACACCCACUUCUGUCGCUAAUGCUGCUGACAGCCUGUCAAGAAAGUGUGCAAAAACAUCAUCCAAGCAGUUGGCUUUUAUUCAUUAUUUUUUCUUCUUCUGUGGAUUCUUUUUAGACAAUAUAUUUGAAUGAGAAUCUAACAGCAAUACGAAGACUCUCAAUACCUUACGUGCCUAGCCAAUCAUCAAACACAAAAUAUACCUCUGGUAAGCUGCUGUUUACAUUUGUGAUCAUGUUCUUGUGUAAAUACUUGUACAUUCGCAGUUUAUUUAUUGCACUUUUGUUAAAAAAUGAAUUACACCUUGUGAGACACGUGGAGAACCAAACCUUUUUUGUAUAUAUUUUUUUUUAUUAUGAAAUCUCAUGUUACAACUUGCCAUUAAGUGUUUUUUUUUUUUUUAUUGUACAAAUCCGUGGGCUGAGCACAACCCAUGACUGCAUAACAAAAAAAACAAACAAACAAAAAAAAGUGUCACUGGAGUUCCUUAGACCAUGUGCUUUCCAUAAAGAUUUACUGGCAAAAACAACGACACGUGUGUACCUUGUAUUACUUUGUCACAUGAACUGUGUCAAAGAGCAACAUGUGCGUCACAUCUCAUUUACUGUCCACUUUGUGCAAAAAUAAAGAAACAGUUUCAGCAUAUGGAGCAAAAACAAUGGUUUGGUUGAGUGAUUGAUCGAUCGAUUCAACUUCUUCAUGGCUGAGUUUUUAGAAACUAAAAUCAG